UGCGUCUCUAUAAGCCAAUGACAGCGCGCGAGCUCUUUCUGUGCCGUCCGUCAGCGGGAGGCUGGAUACUAACGUUACAUGUUUUUAAAAAAGCGUGAAAUGUUCUGAGUAUAGCACGCGAAUUCUUCGGAUGCCACCAAACAGUGAACCAGCAUACUCCAAUCGAGAGCUCAAUGAGUAAUGAACCCAUUUUGGAGCAUGUCGACAAACGCUGGUCGUAAGAGAUCUGAUGGUGAGGAGCAGGGUGGCCAAGGGGAGCAGAGAUCCAGUCCAGCUCGUCCUUCGUUUGGUAAAAAGCAGCUUCCUUCCAUCCCAAAGAAUGCCGUCCCCAUUACUAAAGCUGCCUCGCCCGCCUCCUCUACACAGUCUGCCAACGGCACCCAUGCCUCAUAUGGCCCUUUUUACCUGGAGUACUCGCUGCUCGCUGAGUUCACAUUGGUGAUCAAGCAGAAGCUCCCUGGCAUAUAUGUACAGCCUUCAUACAGAUCAGCACUAAUGUGGUUUGGUGUAAUUUUCAUUCGACAUGGCUUGUACCAAGAUGGUGUGUUCAAGUUCACAGUCUACAUUCCUGAUAACUACCCAGAUGGAGACUGUCCUAGGGUUGUGUUCGACACCCCAGUUUUCCACCCACUAGUGGACCCGGUCUCUGGAGAGCUGGAUGUGAGGAGAGCUUUCACCAAAUGGAGGCGAAACCACAAUCAUAUCUGGCAGGUCCUUAUGUACGCCCGCACAAUCUUCUAUAAGAUCAACACCAUGGAUCCACUCAACCCAGAGGCUGCAGUGCUGUAUGAUAAAGACAUCCAGCUCUUCAAAAGCAAAGCGGUAGACAGUGUCAAGCUAUGCAAUAGUCACCUGUUUGAUCAGCCCAAGAUAGAUGACCCUUAUGCAAUAAGCUUCUCUCCGUGGAAUCCAGCGGUGCAUGAAGAGGCAAAAGAGAAGAUGUUUGCACAUAAAGUGAGUGUGUGACGCUCCCCUGACUGCUCCCCACAACCAACGGCGGCCAGAGGAUUAUAACAAGGGACUGCCGGUGUCUGGGCUGUCUUGGGUGAAGCCUGGUUCCACUCAGCCCUUCAGCAAAGAGGACAACCCCCUUCAGACGUGAACAUUCAUCCCUUCAGUCUGUCCACCAGGAGGGGCGCUACGCUACUGUGGCUGCAUCGAACCACAUGUAUAGAAUUCUGAUGCAGUUCUAUGAACUUCAUCCUCGUUCGCAAAAAACACGCUUCAGCUUUAAAAGAAAACCGUUUUAAACUGCUACAGUGGCUUACAAAUUAUAGACAUGUUCCCAGUAUAGAUCUAAAGACCCCACUCGUUCAUUUCAGCAAAGACAGCACAGAGAUGGUUCUAGUCAUUACUGUUACUCGCACAUGUUAAUCAGGCACAACAAACCACCUCACUUAUUUGUGUUGAGUCAUGCUCUUCUAAUUGAUAAACUUGGUUUUCUAGCUAAUAAUUUGAUGGAUUUAGUACAUUUUCCCCAUUUAUUUUACCUUCCCUACAAACCUGGAUAGUAAGUUUUAAUUUUAAACAUACAUUUGCAGACUGGGACAGAACGCUUUGAUUUUGUGUCUUGAUAUAUUUGGGUUGAGGUCGUUUUUUUUUUUUUUGUGUGUGUGUAAUAUCCUGUGUAUGAAAUAGUUUUAAUGUAAAAUACAGAGCAAGACAAAUACUAUUAAUUAAGACACUAAGUUAAUCCUUUAUUUUUCAGCAAUGUUCUUCACUCUUAUUGUGUCCUAACGGUUUGAUCUAAAUUGGUUUGAUGUGUACAUAGUGGAGCAGUUCAAUGAAAUGAAUGGGCUCUUUAGAGUCCAUAGCUCUCAUUUAUUUAUCUAGACAUUUACAAUGGUUUAAAUUUUAGUUAUUUUGCUGUUUUACAAUGCAUCUUUUUUUUUUUUUUUAAGUUUAUUUUGGACCGUUUCAGUAAGAAUAUUGAUGUGAGCUCAGCUGUGUAAGUAAUGUGUU